CCACCCUUUCGUCCUCCCUUCUCCGACUCGUCUCGCAGUCGCAGUCCUUUGUCCUGACCGACCUCCAGUGGGGAUCGGAUCGGACCCAACGAGGCUCUGAAAUACCACCCUCCGUAACCUAGAGCUGCCUCCGUGCCGUAGGCUAGCGUAGCGCCACCGCGGACGCCUCAACCCCAGCCCCCAAACUCAUCUGCCGCGUCGCCGCCCAUCGCCGUUCCGUUCAGCCGUCGCGCCGCUGCUGUCUCAACAGCGCCCCCAAUCUUUGCCAGUGAAUCAAAAUGGGCAGCGAUCUAACACACACGAGAAAAAGAAUGAGGCGUUACUACCACGGACCAGUCAUUAAGAAAACGAGAGCAAAGGUUCAGUUUGCAGACCUUCCCGAUGAUCUGCUGUCUACGAUUCUAUCAAAAUUGCCACUGAAGGAAGCUGCAAGAACCGUCAUUCUGUCAAGUAAAUGGAACGACGUGUGGAGAGUUUGCCCCAAACUGAGAUUUGAUGGCUUCACAGUGUGCAGUGACAGCGUGUUUGGGGGAGAACAGUACACUCAGAAAUUCAUUGACAAUGUUAAUGCAGUCAUGCAGAAGCAUCAGUGCAUGGUCGUUGAAGAGCUCGUGAUCAAAUUUGGGUUUGACAAGAGGGUACUGGAUCAUAUCAACAUGUGGGUUGCUUUUGCUGUUUCAUCGCGGACGGAGAGCCUUGCCCUUGAUUUAGGACCAGUCGACAUCCAAGGUCGUAUUGAUCAGUACAGAUUUCCGGUCGAGCUUUUAGACAACAGAAGCAUAUCCCGGCUUCGUCAUCUUCAACUUAGCGUUGCAUCAUUUGAACUACCCCUUCAAUUCAGCGGUUUCCCGAAUCUGAGAGCACUUGACUUGCACUUGGUAAAUGUCACUCGGAAGGAUCUUCAAGACAUGCUGUCAAAUUGCAUUAAUCUUGAGUGGUUCAGUAUGGUUAGAUGCCAUUUGAAUGAUGAACUGAUAGUAGCUCGUCCAUUGUCAAACCUGAUAUACCUGCGUGUUGCACACUGCAAGAUAACCAAGAUAGUACUCCAUGCGGUGGAACUCAAAACUUUCUUGUUCUAUGGACGUCUGUAUCCAAUCGACCUUGGGCAUACACCCAAACUGAAGCACACAUUUCUUGAUAUUUAUUCCCUGUUAACUGUUGAGCAUGCUUUGACUGUGCUUCCCAAAGUGCUUCCAAGUGUUCAAGAUCUGACAUUGCAUGCUCAUUUUACUCUUAAGAUGCCUUUGUUGAUGGAAAAUCCGUGCAAGUUUUACCAGUUGAAAUAUUUACAUUUGAACCUGUCAAUUGGUCAUAAAGAAGCUGCCAACAUUCUAUCUUUUGCCUCUUUUCUGAGGGCUGCUCCUUCUGUUGAAAAGUUAGAAAUGCAUUUUAGUGUUUUGGCCAUCCCACAUCGUGUCUCGGAGCCUAUCAAGAGCCUUCCACGGUGUCCACAUAGUUAUCUGAAGAACCUGCAUAUUACAGGAUUUUCGGGAACAACAGGACAACUUGAAUUUCUAGUGCACGUUGUUGAAAAUGCCCCUGCUCUGAAGAUAUUGACGAUUAAAGGAGCUGACUCGAUUGGUCGUGAUCUCAAUCAUGAAGGGAAAAGAAAAUUUUCUUUUAAGUUUCGGGAAUUGGAGAGGAAAUACCUUCAUGGGAUAAUUUCACCAAAUGUGGACCUCCGUAUUAUUUAAGUGUGCCAGACAUCUAGCUGCUCUUGUACACGCAACGGGCUGCUGUUCCAUUUGCCCAUUCCACUUAAAAUGUUCAGAUUUGUGGUUGAUUUUAGAUCAUAAAGAAGCUGGCAACAUUCUGUUAUUGGUUUCUUUUCUGAAUGCUGCUCCUUCUGUUAAGAAAUUAGUUCUGAAUCCUCAUCAUUCUGUUUUUUUUUUUGAGAAUGCAUGUAAACAUAUUUGUUCUGAAUCCUCGUCUUGAUUAUGAUUGAGACUAUCAGAAUUGAGAAGGUGUUGGAAUGUUA